AUGAAGGAGCAAAGUCCGCCGCUGACACGCCUCGACCGACAAGAGCCUCAGGUUAAACAUUCAUCUUCAGGACGGUCCCUCGUGCCGUGCCUAUCAUUCUACGUAUGCCUUGUGCCAUUACAAUCGGCCAGGGGAUAUAUACAAGCGUCCCGCCCACAUACUUGCGCGAGUUUCGCACUCUGUUUAAUUGCCUAUUUCGCUGACGCCCCCUCAUUUUUUGCUGGCGAUGACCUUGGGAGCGUGCUUAUGUCGUGUACGGACUCUAUGGUGACAGCCCAUCCACUAUUAUCUUCGCCAGAACGUGUCGGUAUGGCCAGUCGCAGACGAAUCUAUUGCAAUGUUUUCGGAUACUUAACUAGAUGUUCCCUUCUUCUUUCAGUAGUCAAACGUACACGUCCUUCCCUAGGCUUUCCGACUUACUCUAUAGCCGUAGCUCUCCGGGUUGUGUCUGCAAAUCCUAUAGUAACCUCUGUAUCUACACCUCGUGUAUCACACUAUACCAGAAAUAUGCAAAAUAGUUUCUUCUUGGACGAAGAAGUACAUGGUGUGUGUGCUUCUUCAGGAAGUCCGAGAUGUACCUAUUGGCUCGUGGCUGAUUGGCUUCUAAUGGGCAGACUAGAGGCAGGUGAUUCUUCGUAA